GCCGCGCGGAGCGUCCGUUCGUGCGUCGGGUGAGAGGUCAGGGCGGUGGCGGCAACAUGGCGGCCGCCAAGAAAGCAGAGAGCGGCCAGGUGGCUCCGGCGUCCAAGGACCGGAGCAACAAGAAAGCCGUAAAUGAGUCAGAACUUCUCACUGUUCCUGAUGGAUGGAAAGAACCAGCCUUUACAAGAGAAGAUAAUCCUAGAGGGCUUCUGGAAGAAAGCAGCUUUGCAACUCUGUUCCCGAAAUACAGAGAAGCUUACUUGAAAGAAUGUUGGCCACUGGUGCAGAAAGCCUUGAAUGAACAUCAUGUGAAUGCGACGUUGGACUUAAUUGAAGGUAGUAUAACUGUCACAACGAGUAAGAAGACUUUUGAUCCAUAUGUGAUCAUCAGGGCAAGAGACUUAAUAAAGCUUUUAGCAAGAAGUGUUCCAUUUGAACAGGCAGUACGCAUCCUUCAGGAUGACACUGCAUGUGACAUCAUUAAAGUAGGGUCUCUAGUGAGAAACAGAGAGAGAUUUAUAAAAAGAAGACAAAGACUCAUUGGGCCAAAAGGAUCCACUCUGAAGGCUCUGGAACUGUUAACAAACUGUUAUAUCAUGGUUCAGGGGAACACUGUUUCAGCUCUGGGACCUUUUAAUGGGCUAAAAGAGGUUAGAAAAGUGGUCCUGGACACUAUGAAGAAUAUUCAUCCCAUAUAUAACAUAAAGACUCUCAUGAUUAAACGGGAGCUGUCAAAGGAUCCUGAACUAAGAACACAAAGUUGGGAACGAUUUUUGCCUCAGUUCAAACACAAGAACUUGAACAAACGCAAGGAGCCAAAGAAGAAAAAUGUUAAGAAGGAGUACACGCCUUUCCCACCUCCACAACCAGAAAGCCAGGUUGAUAAAGAAUUGGCAAGUGGUGAAUACUUCUUGAAAGAAAGCCAGAAGAAACGAAAGAGGGUGGAAGAGAUAAAGGCAAAACAAGCAGAAGCCAUUAAUAGGAGACAAGAGGAAAGAAAUAAAGCUUUUAUCCCUCCCAAGGAAAAGCUUGUUGUAAAACCUAAAAAAGCUUCUACUGAAACAAAAAUUGAUAUAGAAGCAAUCAAGGAAAAGGUGAAGAAAGCAAAGAAAAAGAAGCUGGGAGCACUUCCAGUGGAAGAAGUUAAAUUAAAAAUUGCAGCAGGUGAAAAGAAAAAGAAGAAAAAGAAAUGAUUUGUCAGCUGGAACACUUGCAUUUCUUUUACAUUUGCAAAGGAACUUUUUUUGUACUUUGAAGAUUUAAGACUUGGGGUUAUCAGCAUUUGCCAUACUGCCAGGGAACACUGAUGAAAAGAUUAAAAAACAAAUUCAUGACAACGAGAAUAUGUUGGGGAUUUGUGGACCUAAAUAAGCAGUGUAAAAUCCUUGGAACUUGUAAAGAAAAUAAUUUGGUAUGCUCUCUGUCACAUCCUAAACAACUGAGAACGUACAAUAGUAUCUUUUCACCAUUCACAUCAUAUGUCUGAGAGUGAUUAGGAGUUUUAAGCCUUACGUGAGGGUUUUCAGUUUUGCAUAAUAUAAAACACAUAUUGGGGAAGGGGGGUUGGCCAUAAGAAUUUGACGGGAAUAUAUUAGGGGAAGGGGAUUGUUUGUUUGAGGGGUUUUUGAAGAAAUGUUUCUCUAACAGACUGCCACUGUAUAACAAGCUUCAGAUAUGGAGAUGUUAAAUCUGAUAACUUUUGUAAAAGCAACCAGUUGUAUUUUUAUAUAUUAUAUGUCAUUCUGUUUAUCAGAGCUAAUAUUUAUUUUCUUAUA